AUGUCGCAAGUCAUUUCAAGUUAUAGUGGGAGCAACUCCUCAACAAUAGCUGGAACUAUAUCGCAUUAUGCUCAGUCAGUAAUCAAUGACUUCACUUGGUGGCAGGCUGCCCUGGCUAUCAUUGUUGGAGUUCUGUCUUACGAUCAAAUAAUGUAUCAAAUCCGUAAGGGGAACAUAGCCGGACCAAAAUUCAAGAUUUGGCCAGUCAUUGGUCCUUUUUUGGAGUCUUUGGACCCAAAAUUUGAAGAGUACAAGGCCAAAUGGGAUUCCGGCCCGCUAUCCUGUGUGUCUAUUUUCCACAAGUUCGUCGUUAUCGCCUCAACUCGGGAUCUAGCCAGGAAGAUUCUUCAAAGUCCAGCUUAUGUAAAACCUUGUGUUGUUGACGUUGCUGUUAAAAUAUUAAGACCUUCGAACUGGGUAUUUUUAGACGGUAAGGAACAUGUUGACUAUAGAAAAGGUUUAAACGGUCUUUUCACUAAAAAGGCCCUGGAAGUCUAUAUUCCUGCCCAAGAGAAGAUCAUGGAUGACUACCUCAACCGUUUUGCAGAGAUGUCCAAAGAGAAGCCUAUGAUUUUUUUCCACGAAUUUAGAGAAAUUAUGUGUGCUCUGUCCCUGAAGACUUUCUGUGGUGAUUAUAUUACUGAUGAGCAAAUUAAGUUGAUUGCAGACAAUUAUUACAAAGUAACAGCCGCAUUAGAGUUGGUCAACUUUCCUAUCAUUAUUCCCUUCACUAAGACUUGGUAUGGGAAAGUCACCGCCGAUGACACCAUGAAGAUCUUCGAGUCGUGUGCUGCUAUGGCUAAAAAACAUAUCAACGAGGAGAAUGGAAAGCCCACAUGCGUCAUGGAUGCAUGGAUUGACUCCAUGAAGCAAGCUAGAGAAAGCAAAUCCAAAGAUCCUGAUGCUAAGCUUUUAAUUAGAGAAUUUUCCAAUAGAGAAAUUUCUGAAGCUAUCUUCACAUUUUUGUUUGCGUCCCAGGAUGCCUCUUCUUCUGCCUGUUGCUGGAUGUUCCAGCUUAUCGCUGAUAGACCUGAUGUCAUGGCUAAAAUCAGAGAAGAACAGAUCCGUUUGCGUGAUGGAGACAUCAAUAAGCCGCUGACUGGAGAGCUGAUUGACUCUAUGAAGUACACUUUCAUGGUGGUCAAGGAAACACUGAGAUACAGGCCUCCAGUCUUGAUGGUUCCGUAUGUCGUUAAGAAAUCGUACCCAGUCAGUGACAACUAUACAGUUCCAAAAGGAGCUAUGGUUAUUCCAACUUUGUAUCCAGCCUUGCAUGACCCAGAAGUGUAUGAAAAUCCAGAUGAUUUUAUUCCUGAGAGAUGGGUCGAAGGGUCACCAGCCAACCAAGCCAAAAAGAACUGGCUCGUAUUUGGUAAUGGACCACAUGUGUGCCUAGGGCAGAACUAUGUUAUGAUGGCUUUCACCGCUUUGAUCGGCAAAGCUGCCAUGUUGUACGACAUUGAUCAUACUGUCACUCCAUUGAGUGAAGAGAUCAAAGUUUUUGCCACCAUUUUCCCAAAAGACGAUCUGAUUCUUCAGUUCAAACAUAGAGACGAGCAGGAGAUUCUGAAUGAUAUUUCUGCUUAG